ACCUAUCUACCUACCUAUCUACAUACAUACGUACAUACAUACAUACAUACAUAAUAUCAUGUAUAUACAUACCAUAGUAAAAGACAAUAUCAACAAUCAAGAACAGCAACUACAACAAUCCUCUCUGAAAUUGGUAAAUAGAAGAAAUACACAUUAUUUAUCAAUAAACGCGAAUGCAAUUGCUGGUAUUGUCCUUUGUAUUGUCGCAUUUAUAUUAUUACUUGCUUUCAUAUUAUGGAAAUUAUAUGUAUUACGUGAUAACAUGCAAAAAAGAAGAAAAAUAAAAAAUCAACAACAAAUGACGCAUCAUAAAUCAAUAAAUUCCUGUAAAAUAGAUAGAAAAUCGAUGCGUACUUAUACACCAAUAGAUGAAAAUGAGUCUAUAUUAAAUUAUUAUAGAAACAAUAAUACUACUAUUACUACUACUACUACUACUACAAUAUCAUCUACUAAGCUUCCUUCACGUGUUAAAUCAAAUACUUAUUUACCGUCUAAUAUGCAAAAACUUUGUUAUUCAAGAACAAAAGGAAAGGUAGAUUGUGAAAAGAACACAAUUAGUAUACCAACAAUACUUGUUAGAUCAUCCUCGCUUACAAGUAAAUCUGUACCGAGAAAAGAUAUAUUAUCCACUAAUCCUCUUUUACUUCCAACAACUCGGAAUCAUUCUUUUAACGAGAAAAACGUUGAAUUCAGAUAUAAAAACAAUAGUAGUUUAUCAGCAGUACAAAAAGAUAAGAAUGGAGUGUCGGUAUCGGCAGAUAGAUGUGAUAGUAUAUCUGUAAGUUCAAUUCAAUAUGUUGGAUUUAAUAGUACAAUGGAUAUGAUUUAUGAAAAAACCGAAAAUUUAU